CGCCAGGCCGGCUAUAUAAAGACCUAAACGAGUAGCCGUAGCAGAGGAGGGGAGAAUUGUCAGUCUUCCAGAAUGCAGUUAAUCAGAAAGUGAAGUUGGACAGUGGAGCUCAGACAUAUGCUUGUCUAUUUUUUUCGUUCCGCUUUCGCCGAGGCGUUGGAAAGUGAAGAAAUAUCUGUGGCAUCAUAGCUCGGAAGGGGUGGAGAAAGAGAGAAUACUGUCUCAACUUACCAUCAGCCCAUUGAUCCGAGAUGGCUCUGCAGCCGGUGAAGAGUGGGUUCGGAAGGUGCCCGGCCCGCUGCGGCGCUGCAGGCCCACCCGAGAGGCACUGUACUGGAUGGUAUGCCCGGCUGGCGGCUUUGGCCAGUCAGACCUGGAAGCCAACCGCACCCGACACUCGAAUCCGACUAAGACUCUAUCAAAUGGAUAACGCAGGUUCCGCAGACUUACAAUGGUUUCUCCUACGAGGAUGGAACUCUAAAGUCGUCAAGCGAGGCUCGGCUGGCUUUAUGUUCAGCUCAGAGUCCGGAAACUUGAAGAACAAGCAUUCUCCUCGAUACUCCGGACUCGUCCACCCCAAGCCAAUGGCUGUGACCCCAGCCCCUUCCGGUGGUGUUUUAAUUACCACUCGAAAAGCCUCUGCCAACCCCCGUCACAUCAAGUCCGCACGCUCUACCGUCCGAGUCAAGGGUUCAAUGGCCGGAUCCCGAAGAGCUGCUGGCAAAGCGGCCAAGGCCGCCAAAAACUACCGAUCUGACCUCGCCAGAGCCGCCAUUCUACGAGCUGCCCGAAUCGCCCAAUCAAACAUUCGCACCAACAAGCCCAAAUCCGCAUAA